AUGUCGAAUUCGAAGCAGAACAGAGCGCUGGAAGUCCCCCUUUGCGCAGCAGGUGUAGCACCAAGCACCGGCGAUGUGGAGGCUGCACGCGACGACGACUUCGACACCACCACCGACCAUUUAGACGAUGGGGUCGCCGACCUCGGGAGGUUGCCAUGGGUUUGCGUCGCGGGAUCAGGCAUGUUCUUGAUCUGCACUUAUGGAUUCAUGCAAGCCAUUGGCACCAUCCAGUCGUACUUGCAGCUGAACCAGCUCAACAACUACACGACCCGAGACGUCGGGUGGAUCAUCGGUGUCUACACAUCGCUGAGCCUGCUUCUCGUGUUGGUUAUGGGCCCCGUCAUGGAUCACUACGGACCGGGUCUCAUGGCGCCCGCGGCAGCUGUGCUCAAUAUCGCCAUGUUCUUCCUCUUGGCCGAGUGCGAGCAGUACUGGCAGUUCAUGCUCGUCCUGGGUCUCCUCGGCGGCAUCGGCGCCGCCGCCACCGCGACCGUCGCAGUCUCGACAAUCAGCAAAUUGUUUACCCAUCGACACGGAGCCGCAAUGGGCUGCGCCUUUUCCGCGUCGUGCAUCGGAGGCGUCUUCUUCCCCCUGAUCCUGCCGAAAAUCUUCCCGUCAUGGGGCUGGGUCUGGUCGAUCCGAACCCUGGCCUUCAUCGUCACAGGUCUCAUGGUGACCGGCUGCCUGUGCCUGCUCCCAGCGGCCACACUCAUCCGCCAGGCAGAGGCAAGCUCGGUCGCGGGGAAGAAGGCAACGUCGGUCCUCCCCAACUUCAAGCCGUUCCGGUCUCUCCCGUUCAGCUUCACCGCCAUUGGCUUCUUCCUUCUCGAGUUUGCCAUGUUUGGCAUCAACGGGCUGCUUCCCACCUUUGCCAUCCGGGCCGGGUUCGCGGAGAAUGCCGGCUACACCUUGAUCGCUCUGACCAACGGCUUCUCGCUGCUGGGGCGUCUGCUGCCCGGCAUCGUGGCGGAUUACAUUGGCGCCUUCAACGUCCUCCUCAUCAUGGUUCCCUUUACCUCCAUCUUCACGGCGGCGCUGUUCAUUCCGCUCACCAACAGCGCCGUCGGGCCAUUCUACGCCUUUGCCUGCUUCUGGGGCUUCGGGUCGGGCUCCUGGAUCUCCAUCAUCCCUUUGUGCAUAGCCAAGACUUGUUCUCCGGCACAUUUUGGAAGAUACUAUGGCACGGCCAUGUCAAUGGUCAGCAUCGCCGCUUUGACAAGCAUCUCCGCCGCAGGUCAGGUUCUGGAGACUUUCGGCCACAAGGCAGCGUCCGGCCUUUUCCUGGCUGUGGUUGUGCUUGGUGGCAUCAGCAUGCACAUUGCCAAGUCGAUGCUGGUGGGAAGCUUCGUCAAGGUAACAGCGAGGCUCUAG